GGCUUCAUCAUCAUUAUCAUCAUCAGCAUGGUCAUUACGGCUCUGUUACCCCUGCAUUGUGCACCGCCAGCAACACGUUGUUGCUGCUGCUGCAUCGCCUCCAAGUAGCAACUGUCCGUCCGUAUCUCUGUCCGUAUGUCUGUCCGUCUGUCAGUUCUGAUGGCAACUGUUGAUAAUUAUAAUCCGCUUGUGGUUAAAAUGGUGUUGCCUACCUUACUGGCGAUAAGCGCGCAUGAAUAAUUAUGUUGCCGCUGUCUCCGAGUUGUUGCUGCCGCUAAUGUUGCUGCUGCUGGGGCUGCUGCUGCUGCUGGGGCUGCUGCUCGCUGCAAUGUCGCCUGCGCGACAACUCAUGAAUAAUUAAUGCACUGCCGCGACUCCCGGCGACUGGUUGAAAUGUUGCUGCUGCUGCUACGGCAGCAACUUGUCUUGGUAUCUUUUCAAUUACAGCAGGAAAUCGUGAAUUACUCUGGACCAGAGCUCUGGGGUUGUCCAUAAAAGAGCCAAUGCUGUUCUCAUUGUUGAUUAAACUUGACAGUCGCUUAUUGUUGCCGAGCAAAUAUUUAUUAAAUACACCGCGCAAAUCUCCUCAGAGGGUGCCGACAACAAUUAACACUUGAAUGGCAGCAGCGGCAGAAGCGGCAGUAACGCAACUAUUAUCAACUCAAUUUGAAUAAAUUCGCUCGUGACACAAAAGUAAAGAAGGGGAAAACGCUGAAAUUCCCACCUUAAAUUAAAUAAGCAAUAAGUUUGUCUCGCAAAAAAUGAGAAGGAAAAAAAAAAACACAGAAAAAAGGUUCGGGGCGGUCGCACAAUUGGCACUUGAAAGGCAUCAAGAUACAAUGGCAAUAACUGCAGCAGCAACAUCAGCAGGGACAGCGGCAAACGAGCUGAACAAGUAUUGCCGCUGUGCCGAGAAGCAGCAGCAACAGCAACGACAGCAGCAGCAGCAACAGCAGCGACGGCAGCAACAUCAGCAGAUAAAAGGCAGACAAAAGGCACGAGAUGUGAGAGACGUCUAGGGUUGCGCUGUUGCGCCGCUGCCCCUGCUGCAUGGGAAUUGAAUUCCAUUCAAAAGACGGCAGCAGGCUGUUUGUCAUACUUGCAACAGCAGCAACAACAGCAGCAACAGCAACACAGGCAGCCACAUUGCCAAGAAGCAGAACCCAGUGAAAUGGUUUACAUGCAUUUCUCUGCCUCUCUGCCAGCAGGCGUGUUGAGGUGUGUUGAGAUAGCAUCUUGCAUAAAAUUACUGCCAGUGGUAGGAGCAACAUCAGCAUCUCCACCACCAGCAGCAGCAGCAGCAGCAACAGCAGCAGGAGCAACACAAGCAACAGCAGCAGCCACCAGCGACGUGGUUGCCUGAUGCUAUGCCACUGAUAGCCUCGAAAUUGUUGGCAGUUGCAAUUUGCUGUUUGGAAUUUUAAGCGAGCCAACAAUGAAGUUCAAACCGAAGCGAGGGAAACAAAAUCAAAAAAGCGAACCGAAAGAUAAAAACCCAGAGAACCCAAAGGAAGAAGGCCAGAGGAGUCCGACAGCAACAUCAUUCUCAUGCUCAUCAUCAGCAGCAGCAGCGGCAAAAACUUUAACCCGUCUCUGUUUUCGAUUUCUGAUUGCCUUUAAAAAGAUUCGAUUUUCGGAACAAAGGAAGUCCAGAUUGGAUUGGGUUUAGUCAUAGUUUUCGGGGCGGAACAUGGCAUGUUUGCAUAAUGCUGAUAACUUUAUGGGAAGGUUAUCAAAGGAAGCCGUAACUCUUAUACGCAAAUAUUUUAUUUUUAUGACUCUUGGUCUCAAAAAAUUAGCUUUAGUUAAUUUUACACAUUUUAAGUGAAAUAUUUUAAGAUCUAUCAAAUAUAUAUGUCAUCAUUUUAAGUUUUAUCAUAUAUAUAUAUAUCAUUAUUUCAAGAUGUAUCAUUAAUUUUGUGUAAUUAUUUUUUAA